CCGGCGCCUCCCUCCCUCCCUCAGCCCCGCCGCUGCCGUGAGGGGACGGCCCGGCCCGGCCCGGUCUCGCCAUGAAGCUGCACUUCAGCAUCACCGCCGCCGAGGAGCUGCGGGAGAGGCGCGGGGGGCGCUACGUGCUGUACUCGGUGUGCCUGGAGGGCUUCCUGCUCGGCAAGGCGCGGUACAGCCAGCUCCGCCGCUGGGACGCGCAGCUGAGGCAGCUUUUUGGGAGUGCUGUGCCUGCUUUCCCUCCAAAGUUUUACCUGGCAAUGACCAAGUCGAUGGCAGAUGAGAGACGGUCUCAGCUGGAGCAGUACCUUCAGAAUGUUACUUUGGAUUCAAAUAUUACUAAUAGUGAUGUCUUCAUAGGUUUUUUCCGAAAGCUACAGCAGGAUACAUUUAAGAUCCAAACCCAGAAAGCCUUUUUGGAUGUUUACCUCGCUGAUGGCAGCAAUAUUAGACUUGAUAUCCAGACAUCGGACACUGCAGAAAGAAUAUUAGAGGUGACAUUGUGCAAGAUGGGGCUAUCAAGAGAAUUAAUAAAAUAUUUUAGCUUAUUUUUCUUUCAAGAUCAUGACGAUGGAGCUCUCUCUGUGGUGAAAAAAGUGGCAGAAUUUGAACUCCCUUAUGUGAGUCUUCAGAGCAUGAGAGAGUUGCACUGUAAGCUUGGGAUCAGAAAGUGGUAUAUGGAUCCUUCUCUUGAUACACUGCUGAUGGAUUGUAGAGCUUCACUGAAUUUACUAUAUAUGCAGGCAAUCCAGGAAGUUAAGAGGAAUUGGGUUAAACCAACAGAAGGGCAGAUGCAGGAACUUGAAUUUCUACAAAAAAAUGCAAACAAAGCAAAGGUGCAAAGGUUUGUCAUCCAGUUUAGGAAAUCAGAUGGAAAUUCAGACUGCUGGGACUGCUGUUGUCAGUAUUUCUUACUGUUCCUGGAGCUGAUUCGAGAAAUGCAGUUCUAUGGAUACAUUCGGCUUGAUCCUUGCAUUUGUGACUAUCCAGAAGAAGGCUGCUCAGCUGACAUCUGUGUCGGCAAUAAUGAGAUUAACUGCUGCAUAAAACUGCCUACUAACCAAACUGAAGAGGUCAGCUUUAAAAUAAACAGGUUAAGAAGUUGGCAGGUUACUUUUCUUGGUGCUGCAAAGGAUGGUGAAGAAGAAACUCUGGAGCUCAGAUUUGAGUACAAUGAUUCAGGCACAUGGCAGUGGAUAAUUUUGUACACAAAACAGGCCUUUUUGCUCAGUAGCUGCUUGAAGAAAAUGAUAUCAGAACAGAUGAUGAAGGCAGCCAAAGAAGCACAAGAAAUGGAGAUCAAGAUGCCUGAAUCCACGAAAAAUAGUAAGAAAUCCAGCAUCCGACCAAAGCAGGUAGUUCAUUCGGGUUUUAUAUCAAGGAAAAGAUUUUUGGUUAGGCCAAAUGAAGAGGACUGUGUAUUUGAGAAAAUAAGAGAAGAGGACCUGUGAUAAUUUAUUUUAGGUACCGUCUUUCAAAAUGAAUUGUCUGGGAAUAAUAAACCCAUUGUUGAAACCUUGAAUUAUAGGGGCAAAAAAAA